AUGGAAGACGACGAGCUCCAAUCGAUUCGCGCAGCACGUAUGGCCCAGCUACGUCAACAGCAAGGCGGUAGCGGCUCCCCCUCUGGCUCUGGCGGUCCCUCCUCCUCUUUCCUCUCCUCAUUAGGAGCAACAGGAGGCGCUCGACGUGCAGGUGGUGGUGGAGGAGGAGACGAUGAGGAGGAUGAGCAGAGGGGACAAGAGCAGGCGAGAAUGGAGGAGCAGAAGAGGACUAUGCUGAUGACAAUUCUCGACAAUGAGGCGAGGGAGAGGUUAUCCCGCAUCUCCCUCGUGAAACCUCAAAAGGCUCAAGGGAUCACAAAUCUCAUCAUUCAAAUGGCUCAGCAAGGUCAAAUUCGGCAAAAGGUGAACGAGGCACAGCUGAUAGGUCUGCUGGAACAGGUGGAGAGGGCGCAGGGAGAGGGAGGACAGGGUGGUGGUGCAGGGAAGAUCACGUACAAUCGCAAGAAGAUGUCCCUGGAUGACGACGAUGAUGACUUCGACCUGUAA